CCAAGRUCAUUUACUAAUUUCCGGGGGCAAAAUUAUGACGUUUUGGACUGGAAACGAUGAUGAGUGUGCGAAAUCGGGGCUGUGUUCCGGAGUUGGACAACGAGGGGGUCUUCCUGAAGCCGCUCGACGUCCCCAACGAUGAAGUGUGGCAACAGAAAGAGCUCCUCAAGCCCUACGAGCGCAUGCACGCACACCACACCUUGGCCAGCGCCAGGAGAUACGCCUUUUUCAGGCCCUUCAGUGAUUUAAUCCCGGGUGAUGAUCUUGACUUCAUCCUCAACUCGCCCUACGACCACUCCCAGGAGAUAUUCCCCGAUGCUAUCGACAUCUACUUGCAACCGGAAACGUUGGGGCAAGCCACUUGGCGACGGCUACGAAACACUUCCGACUUAAAAUCCUCAUUGGAGGCACGUGCAAGGAUUGAACUUCGGCAGCAGAAACUCCUUUUGGCUAAGCAUGGCCACCUACCCUUCAAACUCAAUCAAUACCACCCUGUGAUUAUUAGCGGGAUUGAGGAGCGGCGCCACCCCAGCAAUGUCAAAUUGAUGAACUCGUCCCAUCAUUCGCCCCAGACGAAUGCUGGAUACUCACGACAGGACUCCGAUGGGAAUUUUUAUCAAUAUUAAUAAAAAACCUUGU